CAAGCAUGGCUGACAAAGGAGAAACGAAAACACAUCACUAUAAAUUUUAUGUCGAUUACAGUUAAAUUGUAACAUAUGCCCACAAAGAAAUUGAACUAACGCAAAAUGAAGUUAUACCACUAUCGAUUUGCUUUGAUCAUAUUCGGUGUUCUGUGGUCUUUCAUCGAAAAUUCGUUGUCCGAAGAGCAUGGUGCAGGCUCCCUGACAGUACAUAAUGAAGUUCUUUUCAUAUCAACAAUCAAUGGAAAGUUUCAUGCUGUCAGCAAACAAACAGGAAAAACCUUAUGGUCUUUAGAUGAAGAGCCUGUAAUUAAAGUUCCAACAGACGUUUCAUCAGGGUACAGUUUCCUGCCAGAUCCGAAGGAUGGAAGUCUAUAUGCACUCAGUGAUGGUAGGGAAGGGAUUAAGAAACUGCCAUUUACAAUACCCGAACUUGUCACUGCCUCUCCUUGUAAAAGUUCAGAAGGAAUUCUUUACACAGGUCACAAGCGUGAUAUCUGGAUGGCCAUAGACCCUCACACAGGAGCCAAACUACAAACGCUGACUCUAGAUGGUGCCCAGAACACUUGUCCAUCAACUAAAGAAAAUACUCUCUUUAUUGGUAGAACUGAGUACACUAUAGUGAUGUUCGAUAGCAAGACAGGGACCAAAAGGUGGAAUGCUACUUACUUAGAUUAUUCCUCCCAUGUGGCUCCAGAUGUUCAAGAUUAUGAUAUGCGACAUUGUACUGCUAGUUCCAAUGGUUUAGCCGUGACAUUAGAUAGUGUUACUGGGGACAUACUGUGGCAUACAGACUUUGACUCUCCAGUUGUCGCCAUGUACAAACUACAUGCAGAGGGCCUUCAGAAGAUACCAUUUACAACUUUUGCACCAGAAACUCUUGAUCACCUCACAGGACAACUUUCUUCAACAUUUUGGAAGAAUAGGUUCCUAGAACAUGGACAGAAAAAGAUAUUUUAUCCUACAUUGUACGUUGGGGAGUACGAACAUGGGAGUUUUGCAACAGGAUCAUAUGUAGAUGAAAAAACUGUCACAGUUUCACCCAGGGAAGGAGGAAUACCUCAGCUAGAGGGACCAAAGGGCACUGUAGUAGACAAACCACCUCUAAAGCAACCACCUCAAACACAUGAAGAGAAAAUACGGGCUCAUACUGUUAGAAGGAAAGAUGCUGUACUAUUAUUAGGCUAUCAUGAAGUUCCAGAAGAAGAUCAAAACAGAAUUACUCCAGCAUUUCAGAUAACAGAUAGAUCAGAAACCACAGAUAAAAUUAUUCCACCUAGACACAAGUCACCUGACCAUAAUUCCUCACCUAAACCAAAGUUUCCUCCACCACUGGAGAAGGGGGAGAGUACUCAAGGGCAGACAAAUGAUACUACAGCAGACAAUGGAUUGUUGAAACAGGCUAUGGAAUAUCUGAAUGUAGAUUUGAAGUUCCUCACAAUUGUCAUUCUGCUAAUAUCAAUAGGGGCUGUAGUAGUUAUAUACCCAAGGUCUGUGGAUGAGGAGUCGUACAAGAAAAUAUUACGUAAGAUUGAGGAACACCAGCAAAAUGGACAAACACAGAAAUCUGCCCAGACUUCCUUCAAUGAGAGAGACAGGUCCUCUUCUGAUCUGCAGUAUGAUGCUAUUCCAGAUGGCUAUGUUCAAGUUGGAAAAAUUUUGUAUAAUCCUAGAGAAGUUCUAGGCCAUGGAUGUGAAGGAACAUUUGUUUAUAGGGGUAAAUUUGACCAUCGUAGUGUAGCAGUAAAGAGGUUGUUGCCAGAGUGUUUCAGUUUUGCGGACAGAGAGGUGGAGCUGCUAAGGGAAUCCGACCAACAUCCUAAUGUCAUCAGAUACUUCUGUAUGGAAGCAGACAGUCAGUUCCGUUAUAUUGCGCUGGAAUUAUGUACAGCCACGUUAGCUAGUUAUAUAGAUGGCAAGAGCAAAUUGAACCUCGAUCCAAUAACAAUAUUAUAUCAAGCAAUGUCAGGGCUAGCACAUCUCCAUUCAUUAGAUAUUGUACAUAGAGACAUAAAGCCACAGAAUGUAUUGAUAUCGCAGCCUGAUUCUCGGGGCCAAGUGAGGGCUAUGAUCUCAGACUUUGGACUGUGCAAGAAGUUGGCUGCAGGACGGCUUUCAUUCUCUCGUAGGUCAGGCGCUGCUGGUACAGAGGGCUGGAUAGCACCAGAGAUGUUGAAUGAAGAUCACAGAACAACUUGUGCUGUGGAUAUAUUCUCAGCGGGUUGUGCUUUAUAUUAUGUGGUUACAAAAGGAAAACAUCCAUUUGGUGAGCCAUUACGACGACAGGCUAAUAUUCUUGCUGGAGAUUACAAUUUAGACAGUCUUCCUCUAACUGACUGCUAUGUUAGGAAACAGUUGAUAGAGACAAUGAUUGACUUUGAUCCUGACAGUCGUCCAACAGCUAAAGCUGUACUCAAACAUCCUUUCUUCUGGAAAAAGGAAAGACAACUUGCAUACUUCCAGGACGUGAGUGAUCGUAUUGAGAAGGAAUGCGAGGAAAGCGUAGUUGUAAAGAGACUGGAAUGGGGAGGUGAUCGCGUUGUGAAAGGUGAUUGGCGCAGUCAUAUCUCAAAAGAAUUACAGGAUGAUCUGAGGAAAUUUCGAACAUACAAAGGACAAAAUGUCAGGGAUCUUUUAAGAGCCAUGAGAAACAAGAAACAUCAUUACAGGGAGUUACCAGAGGCUGUAAAGAACUCGCUUGGUACAGUACCCGAUCAGUUUGUUAAAUAUUUCACAUCAAGAUUUCCUCGUCUUCUCAUUCAUACGUACACUGCAUUAGAAUGUUGUGCUCAUGAGCGCGUGUUCCAACAAUAUUAUGAUGACAGUAAACACACACCACUGCCAGAAGCUGCAGAUGUCAGAUGAAUUAAGUGGGAUGUUCAAAAUUAAACAGUUUUGUCAUAAGGCAUUAGAGAAGAGGUUGAUACUAAGUGUCAUUGAAUGGUGAUACAAUUUAUAUUUCUACCUGGCAAGAUGUUGGAAGGUACUCAGCUGUUGUUGGGAACAUGAUUUGUGUCCAGUUUUGGUAACAUACAAACAUGUGAUGUAGAUUAUAACAGUUUUGCAUCUCUUAUGGCUAUUGGUGCUAAUUAGUGGCCAAUUAUUGUAUAAACAAAUCUAAAAGUCUGUUGUGUGGAAGAGACGGAUCAGUUACCUGUUACUCUGGGAUUGUGAAUGUAUCUGUUGUUGAAAUUGGACAUUGAAUUCUUCGUGUGAGGAAGCCAUCCAGCUGGCUAACGGAUGGUCGGUGGUUCUACCCAGGUGCCCGCUCAUGAUGAAAUAAUGCACGGAGGGGCACCUGGGGUCGUUCUCCACCAUUAAAGCAAAAAAGAAAAAAAAAUUGAAAUGUGGACAAAGGUUGAAAAUCGUGUACAUUUACUGUCAGUGAGGAUGGUUAAAGAUUUCCAGGACAAGGAAUUUAGAUGAUUUAAAUUAUGUCUGCCAGUAACAAAUUGAGGGGUAUACAGAACAUAGUGUAAAAAAGGGAAGCAAAAAAUAUUUAUGUUGCAAAAUUGGUUACAAAAAAAAGUACAUAUUAAAAUUUACCAUAGGGAUAUUUUAAUUUAAUGUUUAUUUUUGUCACGGAAGAUUUUGCAUGGAUCGAUGACCCAACUUUAACUAUCACUACAGAUAAGAUCUUUUGAAGGGUUGGAUUGUUUGUAAAAAUAAAAGAAUUACAUAGAGUGUAAGAUACUCCUCACAUGUCUGCAAAUCAAAUGCGAAGUUCAAAAAUAGAAAUUUAGUUGUUGAAAUUUUAAAUAUUGACGAACAGCUUGGUAGUUAGGUAUUUAUUUUUUUUACAGUUUUGAUUUUUUUUUAGAAUUCUUCCUAGAUGUUGUUAACUCUUUUUUUUUUUCAUUUGAUAAAAAUAUAUAUAAAUUGUAUAUUUUUUUUUACAUAUUUUUUUAUCUUCUAGCCACACUUAGGGCUAAUUUUUUAUUCUAUCUUGAGUCAGUUUAGCUGCCAUUAGCUUAUAGUUGUAAAUAAUGCCAAAGAUUUUAACAUUAAAGAUUUAA